GCACUACAGCAGCUCUCAUAGGAUGUUACUUGUUGGAGAGGGUGAUUUCUCCUUCUCUGCUUGUUUGGCCAGGGGUUUUGGCUCAGCUAAGAACAUGAUCUCUACUUCCCUUGAUUCCAAAGUUUGUUCAUGGAAAAACAGGAAUCUUAAUGGUGAAGCACCCAACAGCAAGGGCUAACUUGGAGGAAUUGGAGAAACUGGGGUGCAUCAUUCUUCAUGAAGUAGACUGCCACACCAUGAAUAGACACCCUUUUCUCAAGACUAUGAAAUUUGAUAGAAUAAUCUUCAAUUUUCCUCAUGCGGGUUUUUAUCAAUCCGAACUUGAGCAAGAGCAAAUCGAGCUUCACCAGGAGGUAAUGAAAGGAUUCUUUAGGAGUGCACGUGAUAUGCUUAAGGCCAAAGGGGAAGCUCACGUGACCCACAAGACAAGUUAUCCUUACAAUAAAUGGGAUUUGGAGAUUCUAGCCGGAUUGGCUGGGCUGUGUUUGGCUGAAGAAGUAGAGUUCAUAAAGCAGGAUUAUCCAGGUUAUGACAAUAAAAGAGGAGAUGGAGAUAGAAGCAAUGAUUCUUUCCGUGUUGGAAUGUGUAGUACUUACAAGUUCAUACUCCAAAUCCGUGAAGAAAUUACAUGUACACCUUUUGAUGCAGUUGCAUGUCCGUAUAUUGAUGUAGUUGCAUGUAUGUGGUUGGACCAGUAUGAUCCGAUCCGAAAACCUAGACCGAGAAGAACCAGAUCUAAACCUAUAUUUUCAUCUAAUAGGAGUAUUUAGGAAUUUAAUUA